CUUCGCACGUAAGUUUUGCUACGACGUCGUUCUAGUGAUUUCUAGUCGUCUUCCUCUUCUCCAUGAAGUGUCCGUUAACUUUGGCAUUGCUUUGCAAUUAAGCAAUUUACCCUUUCUCCAUCAUUCUCGAACCUCCUCUUUAUAAUUUUUAUUUUGUUGGCAAAAACAAUUAAUUUUUUUCCAGAAUCUUAAAAUUACCUAAGCAUAAUUCAAUCUCUUUUGCAGAUUAAAGUGGGUUUAUGAUAUGGACAGACGUAACAACACAACUCAGGAGUCGAGCGAGCCCUUUGUGGAAAGCAUUAGAAGAUUGUUGGUGGUGAGGAAUGGCUUUCAGGCAUUGCGUUUUGUAUUUCAUGCUUGAUGAGAGAUGGUAACCGGGAGUUAGAGGAAGCUGAAUGACACUUCCUAGGCGAAUGACAGUUCUUUGAGAAGAAAUAGGGGUAUCCCUCAGCUACUUACUUCUGUCCCGGCUCUCAAUGAUGCUGCUUCCUAUCUUGCAGACACAUCAUCAUUAUUUACUCGCUGUUUCGUGGAUUUUUCUGCAGAACCUGCCUCUAGAGGCUUAGGAGGCCAGGAGAUGGUUACAUUUGGUUCUGCAGAAAGUAGAGGAUCCCCCACCUUCAGUGGUGUUUCUUCAAGUGGAAGUCAUUUAGCUGUUUGUAACUCAUCUCAACCAUCUGUUGAUGCUCCGCUUCUCCAUGAAGGAUUAUCUAGAGAAUCUUCUCAAAGUGGUAGUGCAACAAGGAACUCAGAGGAUCUAUCUGACAGUUCCUGUGCACAGGUUUUUCAAUCAACGCAGGCCAGCCCAAAUGGCAUUUCCAUUUUCCAAGGCCUUAUAGAGAAGGUGAGAAGGACGGUUCGUGGGUCAGCUGAUGAUAUUGGAUGGCUACAACGUGCUUCAUAUAUGCCUCCUGUCGAAGAUCAAACUGAUAGAUUUGUGGAAAUCCUCGACGAUAUUAGGCAUGGACUACAUAAAUUACCAAAUUCAAUGGUUUACUUGUUAGUUCCAGGUCUAUUUAGCAAUCAUGGACCGCUUUACUUUGUUAAUAUUAAAACAAGCUUUUCAAAAAUGGGACUCACUUGUCAUAUAGCCAAAAUUCAUAGUGAGGCCUCUGUGGAAAAGAAUGCUAGAGAAAUAAAAGAUUACAUUGAAGAAGUUUAUUGGGGCUCCAGUAAACGUGUCUUGCUUCUUGGACACAGUAAAGGGGGAGUAGAUGCAGCAGCUGCUCUGUCCAUGUAUUGGUCUGAUUUGAAAGAUAAGGUUGCAGGGCUGGUUUUAGCGCAGAGUCCCUAUGGUGGAAGUCCAAUUGCUUCAGACAUUCUGCGAGAAGGACAGCUUGGUGAUUAUGUAAACAUCCGCAAGAUUAUGGAGAUUCUCAUUUGUAAAGUAAUCAAGGGUGACAUGCAAGCUUUGGGAGAUUUGACUUAUGAGAAGAGGAAGGAAUUCUUGAGCAAAUACCAUUUGCCAAAGGAGCUUCCUGUUGUUUCCUUCCAAACGGAGGCCAGCAUUUCUCCAGCGGUCUUGGCCACAUUAUCCCGUGUGGCGCACGCAGAAAUGCCAACUUUUUCUACUGCCCAGCCUGCUACGUUUCCAGUGGUGAUGCCUCUUGGUGCUGUGAUGGCGGCAUGCGCCCAGCUUCUUCAGAUCAGGUAUGGUCAGAAGAGUGACGGGCUUGUCACUUGUCGUGAUGCAGAAGUCCCUGGGUCUGUGGUCAUUAGGCCAAAACGGAAAUUAGACCAUGCUUGGAUGGUAUAUUCAUCAUUAAACGAUGACCCGAUGGAGGCUGAUGCAUCUCAAGUUUGUGAAGCUCUUCUAACUUUACUAGUAGAAGUAGGACAGAGGAAAAGACAUGAAAUAUCUAACAAAGAUGAAUGAAGCGUAUACAAGAACAUACUCCUCAUCUGGAGAUUGAUACUUAACCUGUUAUCACAAUGGUAAUACGUCCCAAUUUCUUUUUAGACGUUCAGUGAAUAGAAUAUAGAAAAUUAUUCAAUGCGCACCCCUAACCCCCCUUUUAAACAGGAAAAAAGGGAUGAAAUGUGGUUGGGAAAAAGAAGUGUCUGAAUAAGAAAAUUCCUGCAAUAUAUGAUGUGUAUACAAUGGUGCGGCGGUUAGGCAUACUUAGACAAAAGAAUGGUCUUUUGGAUUGGUUAUUGUAUCUUGCCGCCACCUCCCACCUAUCCCCCUAGGUUUGAAUUCCUUCUGGAGAUAAGCAACCAUCUUCCCUUUAAGAUAUGGGUUAGGGAGGUGAAAUUGAAGUGGGAGUCCUUCUACAAGGGAGUUGCGGGCUAGGCUCGAAGGUUCUAGGGCAGCAAGUUGGUUUUCUAUCUUUUUUACUUCUUUCUGGUUUUACACCUCUUGGAAAUCGCAGCAAAGUAAACUUCCAUCGGAUUGAAUAGAGAUGUGUAACUAUGUGCAUGGAGUUUGUAUUCCGAUUCCGAUGUGCAUAUUUGCUUCUGUCUCUAAGUUCUCAUGUUUCUAUAUCAUAUAUCUUGAAUUUUCUUUUUA